AUGCCACCCCAAGAAAGUCAGAAUAUAGCAGAACUACCAGUAUGGCUGUCGGAGAAAGCUCAAAAUGCCGAAAAGGCGUCCGGCGUAGGACCAGACGCGUGGACAAGGAUCAUACAAAAGACGAGAGCACAUGCUGAAGCGAACAGCGAAGAGCAUCAGAACAGCAUGCGUUUGCUAGGCAAGAAGAUGAACGAGCUUCGAGCGAAGUAUGACUUGAAUCCAUUCAAGAAUGUGGAGCAACAACGAUCUACGUCAGAUGAUUUUGUGGUGCAGCCCAAAGCCAUCAUACCGGCACAGAAUGGCAUCAAGCGUAAAGCCCCAACCCAAGCCCAUAUACCAGAGGACCCUCGCGCUAAAAGGCCGAGGGUUCAGAAGACGCAGUCAUCGCAAGAGGAUAUCUCUAAGAAAGCGAAGGCAGAUGCAGAGAAGCAAGCGGAAUGUCGAGACGCACAGCAGAAGAAAGACGAUGCGUACAAAAAAUCCAUGCAAAACGUGGGGGAGCGAGCUGAUAAGGUUGAGCAAAUGAGAAGACUGAAGGAUACUCUCAAAGGGAAGCCAGCCAGCACAGUGUUUGCCGAAUCGUCGACUACAGGCACAUCACCGGACCGGACGGCUGCACAAGCAACAACGGCUAUAGUAGCAGCAAACAAGCCAGAUACCACGAACACCAUACCAUCAAACGUCUUACCUGUUUCGGAAAGCAAUACAGACAGAUAUGCCGUACGAGCACCGCUGCCGGAAUGGUAUAUAUCUAUCUCCAUAAAGGGUCAUAUGAUGGAGGCGAUGAGCAAGAAGCGACCCCCAGAGCUCACUUCACUGGAAGCCCUCAAAACUUGUAUAAGACAAUGCGAAGACACAAAUUCCGCUAUGCAGCUUGACAAGCUAUAUGAUGCUCUUCGCGACCAUGUACACAAGGCUGAAAUACGACUUGAGGUCAAUCGCUUCCUCGUCAGGAAGGCUAACAUGCUGAGCCCUGACUACGGACUUCCUCGCAUCUUCAGAGCAGGAACAAAUUUUCCAUGGGAUCUGAAAGCAGAUGCAUAUCAACUGUACAACCGCUGGUGGAAGAACGACCUGAACCAAGAUAUUCUCCGCGGUAUCGUAUCUAACAGAACUGGAAACCGCACGAGUGACCGCCUCGACGAAACCUACCGUAAACGAUUCUCCAUCGAUGCGAAACAUUACGGGAAUGGCGACCUCGUCCUAGGGCAGUGGUGGCCAACUCAGCUCUGUACUGUCCGUGAUGGGGCUCAUGGCUCAGCCCAAGGCGGCAUCUACGGUGAAAAGGAGCGCGGUGCCUACUCCAUUGUCCUCUCAGGUGGCAAUGGAUAUCAGGACGUCGACAACGGCGACGUCAUCGAUUACUCCGGCACACCAGGCAAAAAUUCCACACCUACAGAGAACACUAUCCAUCUGCUCAAAUCCGCUGACCUGGGUAAUCAAAUCAGAGUUAUUCGCUCUGCGCAGCUCAACAAGAAGAACAAGUACCGGCCCGAGCUAGGCUUGAGGUAUGAUGGUCUGUAUCGGGUGACGAGUUACACAAAGACUGAUCAGGAAACGGCGAUGUAUGAGUUUCGGCUAGAGAGGUGUGAAGGGCAGGAUCCAAUCCGGUUCGAAGGUAAGGCAAAGCGACCGAGUUUCUACGAGGUCAAGGAGUAUGAGAGACUGAAGGAUAAGGUGUGA